AUGAGGCCUUCGUCGUUGGAUGCCUCGACGCCUUCUUCCAACAAGUAUCCCUUCUGGUUUGGAGGCAGCGCCAGCGCAAUGGCUACCUUGCUUACCCAUCCGCUGGACCUAGUAAAAGUCCGUAUACAGUCCGCAAUCACGCCAGCUCGGCUCUCUAUGGCAGGGAUGACCGCUCGUGUCAUCACCAGUGAGGGCUAUGUUGGUCUUUAUGCUGGCUUGAGUGCAGCCAUUCUCAGACAAUUCACCUACUCAACCAUCCGCUUCGGAGUCUAUGAGGAUCUCAAAUUACGUCUAAGUCAUGAUACUAGGACAUCUCACUCCCCCAUGGUGCUGAUCUCUUUAUCAGCUCUGUCAGGUUUUGUUGGCGGUAUGGCUGGUAACCCAGCAGACAUUGUCAACGUGCGGAUGCAGUCUGACAUGACAAGACCGCUAGCAGAGCAAAGGAACUACAAGCAUGUGUUUGAUGGUAUAACACAUAUCACCAGGACUGAGGGUUUAAGUUCUCUCUAUCGUGGAGUAGGCGCCAACGCCCUUCGUGCAUCUCUCAUGAACUCCUCGCAGCUGGCUUCUUACGACAUGGCCAAGGCAUCAUGCAUAAGGACAUUUGGGAUGGAUGAUGACAUCAUAACUCAUCUAGCAGCUUCUUCCCUUGCUGGUAUUGUAGCGACAACUGUUUGCUCGCCUGUAGACGUGGUCAAGACUCGCAUUAUGGGGUCAACAAAUGGGGAACAUGUAUGGCAGAUCAUAAAACGAUCAAUCUUGUCUGAAAGUCCAUUGUGGGUGUUUAAAGGAUGGGUUCCUAGCUUUCUGCGUCUUGGGCCUCAGACUAUCCUGACGCUUCUGAUUCUUGAGCAACACAAGAAGCUGUAUGCCAAGAUGGGCGUUUGA